AGUCUGGAGCUGGCACAGGAACACCUGAGAGCGGUGACAGACUUGAACGAGGGAAGGGAGAGGAGACAAAAAGACGCGCAGGACUGGAAACCCAGUAGCCAGCUCGGGCUUGGGCUGAUGUUGCUGGCCGUGGAUUGGAUACUUCCUUGAAAGUCACGGGAGGGAUUUUCUGUCCAGGCAGGGCGUUUCCAUCCCGUGUCAUCUGUUUUGGCUAUAAAAGUCCGUACUCAGCAUCUGUGGUUCAAAGCCCAACAUGGAGCCGAACAAGGAUAAGCAGGAGAGCUCCGACUCGGAGGAAGGCACGAAGGGGAAAAUGACGCUUACCCUUGCGCUGGUAACGCUGAUCUCUGCCUUCGGAUCAUCUUUCCAGUACGGCUACAACGUGUCUGUGAUCAAUUCUCCAGCCCCGUACAUGCAAGACUUCUACAACCAAACCUACACGGACAGGUAUGGGGUCUUCAUGGACAAGAACUUGCAGACGCUGCUCUGGUCUCUCACCGUGUCCAUGUACCCUCUGGGUGGCUUCUUCGGGUCCCUCAUGGUGGGGCCUCUGGUCAACAACUGCGGCCGAAAGGGCACCCUGCUGAUAAACAACCUUUUCUCCAUUGCUGCUGCGAUCCUUAUGGGAACCUCAGAGAUAGCCAAAACCUUUGAAGUAAUCAUCAUUUCACGUGUGAUCAUGGGGAUUUAUGCUGGUCUGGCCUCCAACGUGGUUCCCAUGUUCCUGGGAGAAAUGGCCCCCAAAAAUCUGAGAGGUGCCAUUGGGGUUGUGCCCCAGCUUUUCAUCACCAUUGGGAUCCUCAUAGCUCAGAUCCUUGGUCUCCACAGCAUCCUUGGGAAUGCCGAAGACUGGCCUGUGAUGCUGGGGCUCACGGGGAUCCCAUCAGUAAUUCAGCUCCUCACAUUGCCCUUUUUCCCUGAAAGUCCCAGAUAUCUGCUGAUACAGAAGGGCAACGAAGAGCAAGCACGACAAGCCCUGCAGAGACUGAGAGGCUGGGAUGAUGUGGAUGAUGAGAUAGAAGAAAUGCGCCUCGAAGACCAGUCAGAAAAGGAAGAAGGACAGAUGUCUGUACUCACCCUCUGCACCUUCAGGGGCUUGCGAUGGCAGCUCAUCUCUAUUAUUGUCAUGAUGAUGGGCCAGCAGCUCUCGGGGGUUAAUGCGGUCUUCUACUACGCGGACAGGAUCUUCCUGUCAGCAGGUGUGGAAACCAACAACGUGCAGUAUGUCACCGUGUCCAUAGGUGCCAUCAACGUCGUCAUGACUUGCCUCGCUGUUUUCAUCGUGGAGUCCUUAGGGAGGAGAAUCCUCCUCCUCGCUGGCUUUGGCUUGUGCUGUGGCUCCUGUGCGGUGCUGACCUUGGCCCUCAACCUCCAGAACACCGUCUCCUGGAUGUCUUACCUCAGCAUAGUGUGUGUCAUUCUUUACAUCAUUGGACACGCUAUUGGAGCCAGCCCGAUCCCCUUUGUGAUGAUCACCGAGAUGUUCCUGCAGUCAUCCCGGCCGGCUGCCUUCAUGGUCGGUGGGUCCGUGCACUGGCUGUGCAACUUCGCUGUGGGGCUCUUGUUCCUCUACAUGGAGGCUGGACUGGGAGCCUACUGCUUCCUCAUUUUCUGUGCCAUAUGCCUCGUCACCAUGGUUUACAUCUUCUUUGUUGUUCCUGAGACGAAGAACAAAACCUUCAUGGAAAUUAACAAGAUCAUGGCCAAGAGGAACAAGGUGGAGAUUCAGACAGAGAAAGAAGAGCUCAUGGAUAUCCACACUAUCCAAGCUGGGCAGGCAGAGAAGAAAGAAAUCUCCAACAGCGAUCUGUGAACGCAAACCAACGUUUGGCCUGGCCCAGGCACUUUUCAGGACCUGCUCAGUGGGAGAACGUGGCUUGAUACUGAUCUUUCAUCCAGACUUUCUGCACACUUCCUACAGCAAGAGUUUCUAAAUAAGCCAUUAUUGUGUCUUAAAAGUGUUCUCAUUGUGAGUGAUUAGCAGGACCGCCCUGCUUCACGGCACAGCACUGCUGAGGAAAAUUCCCCAUUCCUGGUUAUUUGUCGCAAGGAAAGGGCAAUGCCCAAAGCCAGCUCAGUUCCUGCCAUCAAGGAACUGAUGCCACAGUACGAUGUAUGUCCCUCACGUCCUGACACAUCACAAGUGACACAAACCAGCACCUGGGCUGGGUUUUGGUCAGUUGUGUGCGAGGAGUUCACCAGAUUCCUCCUUUAUGUAGCUGAGGGUCCAGCAUGAGCGAUGGCAGCUCUUCGGUGCUUGGUCUUCUCUGAGUGGAGAUUUGCAGUUGUGCUGAGAUGCCUUGCUAGAUGGGUCGAUAGCAGUGUUGAUCCUGUGCCCUACCGUCCUUUUGUGUGCUUCAAAGGACCAUAAAAGUAGGAAUACACAUCACUCAAUCUCACCCCCACUCUGCUCACCAGCCUCUCCCUCACAUCUCAGCCCUCAGCUGUUGCCAUUGAGUCCUCCCUGAGCCUUAACCUUGAGGUUAGGAGUCCUCCAGUGGGCUGAUGCUUAUUCACAGCUGGUUGAUAACCAUUUGUUCCAGCAGCACUCCAGUCUUUGGAAAUAGCUCACUGCACUCUCUAGCGUUUACACCUCAGUUGCCCCAGGGUGUCAGUCCCUCUCUUAAUCCUUUAAUAACCCCCAGAUCCAUGCUCUGUAGGCAUGAGGCAGGUGCAGCUCGUUCACUCCCCAGAGAUGGUCCUGAGCUCAGUGAGAACCUUGGUGCCGUGCUCCUGGGGUCAGACUCAGGCUGAUGGAUGCCUGUGCAACGACUGUAGGGCAGGGUCUGCUUCCAAGCAUGGUCAAACCUGUCUUUAAGAAACUCAAUGCGAAAAGCUUAAGUCAUUUUUUCAAAAAAAAAAAUCAUCUCUUGGGUACCUGAACCUUCUUGAAGAAGUCUUCAAAGGGUUUAGAGCUUGGUCCUAUUACUGGUUUCUUUCUGUUGUGUUCCCUAAGGGCACAGCUCCACGCAAAGGCUAAAAUGGUUUGCAAAAGCUGAGGCUGAAGGACUGGUGCUGGCCCACAGAAGAAAGCAAAUUGCACGCUGAUAAAAAACAGAGGAUUUCUUAAAGGAUUUAUUUAAGGGGUUUGAGGGUUCAUUGCUGCAUAACUCAACAUGUGGAAAUUCACACAAUUGUGCAAGGUUGCUGCCCUCUGCAUGGAGAAAAGCAGAAUUGUUCAACAGCCUGGCACGGACUUGGUGUUGUUGCUGGCAAUAAUCCUUCCCAUGACGUACGUCUUUAACCCCAGGAGACGAGUGUCCUACAUGCCCUCAGCCUUGUCUUGUGAUGUGUACGUGUUGAGAAAGAAGCUGCUUCCACGCUCAGUCUCGCCAUCCAUUUACAAAAAGGACACGUCACUGAGCAAAGCACAACGACUGCGUAGGAGCCGUGCUGGCCUUUGUGCACCCUUCACUGUCUGAUACCUCUGCGUUGGAAGGGGCAGUGGUUUGGUGGUGAAAAUAGGAAUAAAGGCUGCAUGCAGGGAAGAUGGUGAGAAAUGGAGUUGAGGUGAAGGACGUGAAAAUAGUUUCACCUGAGAAAGGGGUUCCUCUAACCAGAGUGGCACUUUUUGGCAUAUGAGGAGCUCUGUGCAUGGGGCCCUACACCAGACUCCUGGGAGGGAUGUGACGAUGCAAGGCAUUGGACUGUGCUGAGUUGCUCUCUGUUUUUUUGCCUUUAUCCUACUGAUUGAUGGAGGCUUUGCCCCACUAUGCCUACUUGGAAAAACUAAGCAAGGUGCCUAGUGAACCUGGAGCAAGCAGAAGGAGAAACAAGCAAUUAAUCUAAAACAAAUAAAUGAAGCAAACUUCCUUUCUCAUUUUCUCUA